AUGAUGUCUCCCAGCAAGCUCUUGAUCUCCAGAGUCUCUGCUUUGACCCAGGUAUGGCUGACAGCAACAAUUCUAAGGCAAGUAGGGGCAGAGCAGUCUGCCUGGGAAGGAGACUUAUAUGGAUGGCAACUUUGGGAGGGGUUGAUGCUGGUGCUGAUCUAGCUGGGCCCUCCCAGCCUUCUGAUUCCCUUCUCUUGGUUUCCUGAAGACUUGGUGAAACAUCAUUUUGAUAUAAGCCUGAAUCGAAGAAACGACAUGGCUGCCACUCUGAAGAUCAUUUCGACAAAUUUUCCUGAGCUACUGUCUUUGAACUUGUGCAACAACAAACUGUACCAGCUGGAUGGCCUGUCUGACAUUACAGAGAAGGCCCCCAAUGUCAAGAUCCUGAACCUCUCCAAAAAUGAGCUGAAGUCGGUGUGGGAGUUGGGCAAGGUGAAAGGGCUGAAGCUCGAAGAGCUGUGGUUAGAAGGGAACCCCUUGUGCAGCAUCUUCUCUGACGAGUCCGCCUAUGUAAGUACCAUCCUGGAAUGUUUCCCAGAGUUGUUACGCCUGGAUGGCCAGGUUUUAACAUCUCCAAUUAUAAUGGGCGUUGAAACCCCUGAGAUAAUAAAACCUUGUAAGGAAAGCUAUAAAGGAUCUGAGAUCAUAAAGAAUCUGGUACUUCAGUUUCUGCUUCAGUAUUACUUGAUCUAUGACUCUGAAGACAGAAAGGGUCUCCUCAGUGUUUACCAUAACAAGGCCUGCUUCUCCCUGACCAUUCCCCUCAACCCUGAGGACCCAGCCCUAAGCAACUUGGAAAAGUACUUAAAGGACAGCAGGAAUAUAAAGAAUAUCAAGGACUCUCGUGAGUGCCUGAGGGUUCAGCUGCUGAAGCACACAAAACAUGAGAUUGUGGACUUCCUGAGUGCAUUGCCCAGAACUCAACACGACCUUAACUCCUAUGUGGUAGACUUGUGCAUCCAGACGGUGAGCACCUGCUUACUCCCUCAGUCAGGCCCAGAGAGCUGA